AUGGAAUCCGAAGUGAGCUCCUUUUAUCAUUUUAGAAGUUUUAGAUCAUUAAAAUUCCAGAAUUAUGACUUGAGUCGGGCACGUUUGCUAAAUUCUACACCUUUACUCUUUUAUAAAAUAUUUAUAAAAUCCAUUUUUAAUUCGUUACAUGUCAAUCGCAGAUUAUUUUGUAAUUAUCUAAAAAAUUACUCGAACCAAAAUUUUAAUCUAAAUGGUUUGGAAUUAGAAAAUGAGAAAACGAUAAAUUUGUUGGAUGAGAUUGUCAUGGAAUCGGUCAAUGACUUGAUAAAGAUCAGGCCCUUUCUAAACAGACUUGAUGUGUACUCAGUUGAUGAUAACAUCUCACUAAAGGACAAUUACAAUAAUUGGAAAAAUGAUAUUGUUUUAAGGAUAAUUAUACUUAAACAUUUAAAGAGAUUCGAUUCACUCGAUUUACAACGCGCUCUCUUCAUUACUUUAGACUCUCCGUACAUUAAUAUUUAA